AAUAACUUUAAUAUUGUAAAACCUUAUAAAUGAACACUUAAGACUGUGCAUUAUAGCAUUAAUUUAGGGUAGGCAGUAUUGGAAUGAACUUCGACGUUUUUUACCCAAGUUAAUUGACGUCUCAGGAUCUAUUUAUAUUCUAACUAUUUAUUUAUAUUUAUGUAUACACGUAGUACGUAUAUAUUCAGUAAUCUUAAAAAAAAAGUGUUCUUUUGUAGAAAUCCUUUAAAUGUUCAGAACUAAACCAUAGAUGUUAGGCACAAAUUUAACCAUAGACUAACAGCGUACUGUCAAUGUUGCAUAUUGUUAAUCUUUGCCAUGGAUCUUUGUUUUGGUACGUAUUUUAGUAAAUAUUUAACGAUACUUUGAAGCCUAAUUUAUAUAGAAUUAAUGUAUUUGAGAAACAGCUGGCAAAAAAAUACUUUUACUUAUUUUAUUCGUAGUUUGUUGCUAUAAAAAACUUUAAUGUUGAAAAAAAUCAAAUUUUUGAAGCCGUACAAGUAAGUUUGUAGUUAUGCUUUUAUUCAUACUAGAAUGAUAGAAUUGUUACUGGUUUUCAAGAAACUGUAUAAUAAUUGAAUAUGAAAUACUGAAACAAAUUGUUUUAGCAAAUUUUUACCUAAACUUUUACUCACAUUGUCGUAAACGUAUUUGAGAUCAUACGAAAAAAGUCAAUACAAUAAUGCAAAAGGACGUGUAAUAUUGAGCCAGAGAAUCGAAGUCAAUGUCAUAAUAACGUAUUUUCUAUAAGUAUGUGGAACUACAAAUAAACGUAUUAGUAGCGAAGAAAAAACAUCACGAAAAUGUCAAGCGGCUACGAGGACGAAAUGGAGGUGACGCCACCUAAAAAAACCAAAAAGACAAUAAUAAAACGGCCUUCGAAAGAAGAAUUAAAAGAAGAAAGUAGUAAUGAAAUUGAUGAAGCUCCAAAGAAGAUAAGCGUAAAAGCGAUGGUCCACGAAGCAUUAACAGACUUGAAAAGCAGAAAAGGCACUUCUCUCUACGCUAUAAAGAAAUAUAUGCACGAAAACUACGACGUUGACGUCGCUAAAGUUAACUAUAUUAUAAAGAAACUCAUUAAAAGUGAAGUGGAAGCGGGAAUUAUAGUACAAGUAAAUGGUAUCGGCGCCACCGGGUCGUUCAAACUAGCUCCAGCUGCUGACAAACAGAAAACCAAACCAAAAACAAAGAAAGUCGAAAAGAAAAUCACUAAAAAGACCGAAGAUAAAAAAGAUAAGAUAAAAACGACAAAAACUGACACGAAAGUUAAAACUAAAAAAAGCGACAAAAUACUGCCAGAGGUUGAAAAAGAAAAGAAAAAAAGCGUUAAAAGAAAACUCGAAAUAACCGAAGAUAAAAAAGAGAAAACCGUUAGAAUUAAAACUACGCAACAGUCUAAAUCAAAGAUUGCCAACACUCCUCAUAAGAAGAAAGCUGCGAUGUCGAAAAGAAAGAGUAUCGGUUCAAUAAUAAAACCGCCAAAAAUGAAGCCAAAAGCCUAA